AUGGACCUUGGCAAAACUGUUAGUAUUUCUCUUUGGGAUGAUCUUGCUACUACGACUGGCCAAGAGCUUUUGGACAUGGUUGACAGUUCUCCCGUCAUUGCGAUGAAGAGCCUAAAAGUAUCUGACUUCCAAGGUGUGUCUCUUUCAACUAUAGGCAAAAGUACUCUUGCGAUUAAUCCAGACCUACCUGAGGCUCAGAAUCUUAAAUCAUGGUUUGACUCUAAAGGCAAAGAUACUUCACUGGCACCAAUUGGUGCAGAAAUGGGUGCCACACGGAAGUCCAUGUAUUCUGAUAGAAUUUUUCUGUCUCACAUCACCAGCGAUCCUGCUAUGGGCCAGGAAAAGCCUGUUUUCUUCAGUUUGAAUGCCAUCAUAAGCCACAUCAAGCCUGAGCAGCAUAUGUGGUAUCGUGCUUGCAAGACCUGCUGCAACAAGGUGACUGAAGCUUUUGGUUCUGGAUACUGGUCUGAGAGAUGCAACAAGAAUGCCUCUGAAUGCUCACUUAGAUACAUCAUGGUCAUCAAGGUUUCUGAUCCCAAUGGUGAGGCAUGGGUUUCCGUGUUCAACGAACAUGCAGAGAAGAUCAUUGGCUACAGCGCUGACGAGCUUGAUCGGAUCAGGAAAGAGAGAAGAUCAUUGACAACAUUAAAUCCACUUUCAUGACAUGGUUUCUGAAGUUUUUACCUUUGUCAUAGGCAACUCUAUAGCCAUUUGUACUCGUAGUUCAAUCCAAGAGUUCCCUGCGUCUGCUGCAACAAUGCAUUUACAAGGGAGGAAAAAUAAAGCAUUGAUAGUGUAAUUAAAUAAACUGUUACUAAAUGUAUUUUGUUCAUUUAGUUAUACUAGAGAAGAACCACGGA